AUGCUCGAUAGAGCCGUUUGUAAUACACAAUGGCUUCAGAGCUUCCCAGAGUCCUUCACGACCCAUCUCACUAAAGUCAAAUCGGACCAUCGCCCCAUUCUAGAUGCGAUGGAGAGAGUGCGCGGGCCGAGGAGAGGGGAGAAGCCCAUUCACUUCCUAUCGCCGUGGAUGCAGCAUAAUGACUUCUCCCGUGCACUUCAGGAGGGAUGGGCGAAGGGUGACAGCUACAGGAGGAGUCUGGCUCUGCUUACGAUGGAUCUCCGGAAUUGGAACAAGGAGGUGUUUGAAGACAUAUUUGCUAGGAAAAGAAGGCUCAUGGCUCAGCUCAACCGCCUAGAGAUGAGGAAUGAGUCUCACCCGUCGCCUAUAAGUCUCAAGGAAAAGGAGGAGGUUCAGCUAAGUCUACAGGAAACGCGGAGGCAUGAAGCUGCUCUCUGGUAUCAGAAGGCUCGCGCGCAGUGGUUUGUUGAGGGGGAUUUGAAUACACGCUUCUUUCAUCUUGCUACUCUGAAACGGCGAAGCGCCGACCGCAUUCGAAGGCUCAAGCGAGAGGAUGGAGAUGGUGAGUCUUUUCCUUCGCACCCUUUUCACGGACCAGUUGAAUUCGGUGGACUUCUUGGUUUCGGCUUUCCCUACCCUCGAAGACAUGACCAACCUCGAUGCUGA